AUAUAAAACUGUUCUUCGAGUCGGGCCAUCUAAUGUAAUACGACGGAUUCGUGGUUCGUGAUCGAACAAUUGUACGGUGGCUCCCGCACGAACGAAGACGGAGAACUGUGUUAGAACUGUCGAACGGCGUCGUCGGGACCGCCGUUUCUCUUUUCGAGAGCGCGUCGUUUAUGUAUUAUCCAGACAUUCGGCGGAAACCCGGCGCUUAAUCGGAGAUUUCACGGACGCAGCAUAGCACAACGUAGUCGAGCAUGAGACGCAAGAGUGAAAGGAACAAAGCAAAGGGAUCUCCAGAGAAGAAAGUCGAAAAACCGACGAGGAAGUCAACGCGUAGGCGUGGCAGAAGAUCGCCUUCCACUUCGUCCGAGCAGGAUGCUUUUGUCGAAGAUGCGGCUAAAAGUACUGUUCAGUUAAAGGAAAUUGAGGAGACGAAUAUGCAGACACGCCUGCAGAGCAAAGAAUUAGAGCAUACAUCGCAAGGGCACGAGGAGAAGGUUUCCUCGAGUGAUAUAAACAUAAAGGUGGAUUCGCCCGAAGAUGAGGACAACGGCGGCUCAGUGUGGAAAGUAGCGAGAGCGGAUGCGUCACCUGGUGAAAUACAGAAGCUGAAAUUGUGCAGGCAGCGCAACACGUCAGAACCAUCAUCAGACACACCACCAUCGAGCAGGAAGAGUGUCAGGUCAACUGGCAAGUGGCAAGGAAGUGGUGAGGGCGUUGCAGAGGAGGCUGACUCGGCAGAUGAGCAACUGGUUUCUUGUACAAGAAUGCUCAGUAGCGCUGAACAGCCGAACGAUCCCUCCUCUUCAUACCCAGGUCAGGACUCCAACGAAGAGGUAAGUGAUAGCAAGGAGAUCCUGCCUGAAACCACUUCAGCCAACUUGUUGUCUGACGAUAAACCAAACAUAGAUCAGCAUGGUGAAUCAAAUGAGGCAAAUUGCGCUGCCCAAAUAGUUGAUAUCGAACCUGGUAAGCCGGGUAGCCCGGGUAGUCCGACAACCGCGCUGGUUCCUAGCACGAACGGUGAGGAGACGGAGACCACUGCCGUCGUUAAGGAAGAUAAGCCUGUGGAAGACACCAGUGAAAAGUCAACGGAGAUAUUUGUCAAAGAGACUAGCGUGGAAAAUGUUCGUAAAGAUACGAGUAGCGAGGACGAGGAGGCGGAGGAGGAGCAGGAGGAGGUGAACGAUAAGGCAAAAACGCUUCCUCCAGUGGACUCGUCGUCCGAUUCGAAUGAUGAAUCGCGCCUUAAAAGAAGCAGGACAAGCAGUGACCAAACGUCACCACGCGCGAUGCGCAGAAAACAUCGAAAUAAAUACAGAGACUCAUCUAAUUCAGAAACACCUGAUUCUGAGGAUGAACCUGUUGAUAGAAAGGUCUCUGAGCCUUAUGUGGAGGAGGAGGAAGAAGAAGAAAAACCGAGUACAGAAUAUUCGCAAGAGAAUAAUAAAGAACAAUCAGUAUCGCCAGAAAGAACAAAUUCUCAGUCGAAUAAUGUAGAAAAGACGGACAUUGAACACAGUGAAACUAUUGAGGAUAAAUCGGAAGAAAAUGCAACUGAGAAAUUGGAACAAUCUACACCAGCUAGCACUCAGGUGGUCGCUCAUAAACCUGUUAAAGUCAACUUGAAGAGAUCAUUCUCAACAAGGAUAUCCGAAAAGAACGAAGUAAAAAGAGAUGAUGCUGAUGCAACCAUCGACAAUGAGUCCAGUCAAAAUAAGGAAAAUGGCAGCGAACAAGAACCAAAAUGUGUGCCGAGAAAACGUCGAUGGGGGACUGCACUUUCCACGGAUACUGCGCCUUCGUUUUCUAUCUCGACCGAUUCACUUAAGGCAUUGGUGCCGGGUGCGAAGCCAUUAUCCAUUAACGAAGUUCGUCUCUCAAAGGAUGAUGACGAGGAUAGAGAUCGACAUAGAAGUAACGAUAAAUGGCACAAUUCUAGCGACAUUAUUAAUGAUAGGGCAGCGGAUGAAAACUUGCAGAAAAAUGGCACUGCCAAAAAAGGCACUGGAAAAAUAGAUAAUCACAUUGCAACAAGACGAAAGAUAUCAAUUGUGAAGGAAAUGCCACACAUGAAAUCACCAAGUCCGCCAGCAUCUAAACCUACCAAUAUCCUCUUGAUCAAGAAUCUAGUUCGUCCUUUCACAUUAAACCAGAUAAAGGAACUUCUGUCACGCACUGGCACCAUCGUGGAAAACGGGUUCUGGAUGGAUCGAAUAAAGUCUAAAUGCAUUGUCGAAUAUUCUAAUGAGGAUCAGGCCUUUGAGACAAGACAGGCGCUUCACGGAAUCUCUUGGCCUCUGUCGAAUCCAAAGAAGCUUCAUGUGGAAUAUGCUACGAAGGAGGAUAUGGAGACUGCUCGAGAAUCAUCCAAGGAACAACCGAUUACUCGUAAAACCGAGCCACUCUCGUCGGAUUCGUGGCAGCAAGAUUGGAGUCGUGACGAAAAAUCUAAUACGACUAAGGUGACCGUGGUAAGAGAAUGGGAUUUAGGAAAAGAGGAUGGCCAGCAACACGUCAGGGAGAAGGAGCGUGAAAAGAAAGAGUACGAUAAAAAGCGACGAGUGAGGAGUCGUAGCCCAACAUUGGAUGCGCAUUUAUCGGCACCGGCUCGCAAAUUUAAGAAAAAGGAAGACGACCCACCGCCAGCCAAACUUUUGGAUGAUCUUUUUAGAAAGACUAAGGCGACACCCUGUAUAUACUGGUUGCCGCUUACGAAUGAACAGAUAGUAGUGAAGGAGGAGAUGCGACGACAACAUAUGGCAGAACAUGCGCGCAGAUUAGAAGAGAUGAGACGCGCUGAUAGAAACAGGGAUGGUCGACGUCGACGUAGUCCAAGAAAAUAGAGAUUUAAAUGUACCUUUCCUCCCUUGACCUGAUUUAUCCUAAAUUUAAUUUUGCUUAUUAACUCUCAUUCCACUCCACUCAAUUUUUCGGAAUUUUCUUGUUAUUGAUAUAUAUUGUUUAUGAGAAGUAAUUUUUUUUAUUCGUUCAAGAAUAUCUGAAAAUUUAAAUUUCAACAUUUAUAUUCUUAAUUUUCUUUUCACAUUUUUUUGUGUUUUCUCUUUAUAAUCUCUGUAUCUCUAGUUCCCAUCAGUUUAAUUUCAGAUUUAAUGCAUGACUAUCAAAUGUCCUUUCAAUUCCUUAUCUCCUUUCCUUAUGCAUCAGAAUUAAACCAUACUUCUUACAGGUCAACAUUUAUCUAUCCUACAGAGAGCCAAUCGUAGACGCGGUAUAGUGGUACUGUGUAUUUGCAACUGUUGACGAGGCAAAAAAAAUACCAAUUCACUAUAUCAUGUUGAAAUCACACGUGAGACUCGCAGUGUCUACACGGAAUAAUUUUACAACGUGGGAACCUCUUUGAAGAAAAUAGACGAGACACAUUAAAUGUGGAAUAGACUUGGAAUAGAUUCAUGAGAACAUCGUUUAUUCCUUUGCUUUUUUCUUGUUUUCUCUUUUUUUUACGAAUCGAACUCUGAGACAGUACGUUUGAAUGGAGAAAUGAGAUGAAUUCGACACAAUUUGGAUAAAAAACAUUGUCGCCCGAAACGCAGAAGACUAUAUGAAGAUUAACAUGAAGAUAUUUCGAACAUUCUUGAAAGACUUGCAUCUCUGCGUUAAGUAUUCUUCCUCGUGGUCUGCUUUGGUUGCCUUGAGCUCAACAAUUGCCAGCCAUUCGACGUUGAUAGCAACUACGUUUGGAAGCGUCGCGUCAGUGUUAUCUGAACUAUGAUAUAGAUUAGCCUAGGGCGGAGACAUGUCUGUAAAUAUAACCAAUCUUUCUUGGUGUGACAUGUAAGAUUAUUAAUAAAUCCUAAAAAUGGAAUGAAAA